UAAUUAGACUUAGCAUAUGAUAUAAACUAUAAUUAACCAACCUAUACAUAUAACUAAUAAUAAAUAGACGCCUCCCCCCGUUAUAAAAUAUGUCAAAUCCAAGCGAGACAAAUCAGUCAGAUUUAAAUCAAAACCCAUCUGCACAAACUGUGGCUCCAAUUCAUCAUCCUCAGGAUCCACAACCCUUAAUUGAUUCACAACCACCCCAAAUUGCUGCAAAUAAUGAGAAACAUAAACAUGAUGAUGAUACAAUUGAAAAUGAAGAUGAUGGUUCAACCUUAACCUCAAAUAUUAACAAACACUCACCAAAAUCUUUCACAACUAGAGUUAAACACCUUUUAUUUGAUGAAUUUAUAGAAAAAUUCACACCUGUUUAUUUCGUAUCAAUUAUGGGAACUGGUAUUUCUUCUAAUAUCCUUUAUAAUUUCCCUUAUCCUGCUCAUUGGUUAAAAGUAUGUGGGAUAAUCAUGUUUGUUAUAGCAGUUGGGUUAUUCCUCAUAACUUCAUUAAUGUUUAUCCUUUCAUGUUAUUAUUAUUUUCCUAAACGUCUUAUUCAUUAUAAUUUAAACCCUAAUGUGGCAGUAUUCAUGGGAUGUUAUGCUAUGGGAUAUAUCACCAUUAUAAAUUUCAUUUUUUAUUUAAAUGUGGUGGAUAUUUAUUUCAUUUGGGUAUUAUGGUGGAUUGCGAUAUUAAUCUCAUGUUAUACUGCAUUUAUAACUGUUUUCUUUGCUAUUUUUUCAAAAUUAUCAUCAGAAAAGAUUAAUAUUAAUCAAUUAAAUUCAACUUUAUUAUUACCUAUCGUGGCUAUAACUGUGGUUUCUUCAUCAGGUCAUAUCAUUUCACCAUCACUUAAGACUUUAACUCAUACUUUAAUCACUGAAAUUUUAAGUUUAAUGUUAUGGUGUAUUUCCAUUGCAUUAGCAUUCAUUAUCAUCACCAUAUACUACUCCCGUUUAAUCUUACAUAAAAUCCCUCCAACUCAAUUAAUCUUUACAAGUUGGUUACCAGUAGGGUUCCUCGGUCAAUCUUCAUUCAGUAUAAUGUUAUUCGGGAAAAACAUGUAUGAUAUCAUUGAAGAUAAAUCAAUUGGAAACAUCUUCAUUAUAAUCUCUACCAUGUUUGGUAUUUUCUUAUUAUCAUUUGGAUAUUUUAAUACUUUCCUCGCCGUGGUAUCAACCUUAUCUAAAAUCAAACCAUUUGCUAAGAAAGUCCAUCCAUCAAUCAAACAUGGAUACAUUAUGAAAUUCAAUAAAUCAUUCUGGUCCAUGACUUUCCCCUUAGGUACCAUGUCUUUAUCGAAUAAUGAAUUGGGUAAGGGUUUAUUUGGAGAUUUAGUAUAUCCUUUGAAAUUCUUUAAGGUCUUAAGUUGUAUAUAUGCCGUGGCAUUAUUUAUUAUUACGAUUGGUUGUUUGAUUGGUGUUGUUUAUACUUGUGUGAAGUUGAUUAAAGGAUUGUUUAAGAAACAACAAUCUGGAUUAGUAUAAAACCUAUUUUAUUAGAGUUUAUAGAACUAUUUAUUUCAUUUCAUUUAAUUUAAUUUAAUUUAAUUUGCAUCCAUUUAUUUAUUAUUUGUCGAAAAUAUUUGUAG